UUCACUUACAUCGGUUUAGCAGCGAGAUAGAGGGAGGGACUUCUGAUAGAGUUGUAAACGUUUCCGUUAUAUAUUUGGUUGUUGCUUUGUCUAAUUAUUCUUCAAAACUCCAUAUUUAGUCUUCUUGUCGUUGUUGUUAUUUUUUUCAUGUUGUUAGUCUUCCUGCCUUGGGGACUGUUAACUGGUGUACACAUCUAAAAGGAGGUAAGAGACUGGAAAUUGCGAUGUGGUAGACCGGGAUAACGAUACAAUUCAGUCUCCUCUCUCGCCUAGUUACAAUGUGCAGCUCUCUAGUCUGUAGUGCAGAAACGCCCGCCGAGCAUCAACUCUGCUGUCAUUGAGGGCUGCAGGAGUGAUUCGCCGACAUAACAACACUGUGCGCAGGGGGUGAAAGAUUGGGAAGCCUCUGUAUCGAUACGGUGAUUAUCAGCUAACCCAACACACCGAAGAGGGUAUCAUCAUUCCGACUGAAAGAGACGACAAGGCCUGGUAGCGUCAUGGUCCAUGAGUGUGUGGUGUGUGUCUGGUUUAAUCCAGCCUGCGUUGCCGACGAAGAUUGAAUGCUACUAAAAUCAAAAGGCGUUGAGGCCUGUGCUGUGUGGUGAUGGCCAGCCUGGGCAGCAACUCCAACAGCUCCAGGGGUGGGGGCCCACAUGCCCAGGCGUCCACCCCCCGCCACGCCCCGGGCCCCCGGCUCCAGGUGCAGCGCUCCCUCUCCCGGGACACCAUCACCAUCCACUUCUCAGCCCUGGGGAAAGAGGAGGAGGACGAGGAGGAGGCGCUGUAUGGGCCCCUGGUCGGCUCCCUGGGGGCGGCGGGGGGGUCUGAGUGCGAGGACAGGGCAGGAGGAGGGGGAGGAGGUGUUUCUGAGGAAGAUGAGGAGGAGGAAGAGCAGGGUGUGACCAGGGGCCUGGAGGCCAGUGAGGAGCUGCUGCUGGAGCACUCCGCCGGGGGGGCCCCGCCGCUGCCUGUGUCCACCACCAGACCUUCUGGAAGGCCUGCCGCCCCCACCCAUCCCCUCCAACAGUCCCCCUCCUCCGCCGCCAUGCCUAUCGCCGCCUCCUCCCAUUACAGCUCCUCCUCCGGCUCCUCCUCCUCCAACCCCCCGGCCAGCUCCUCCUGGCCCUCGGACGGCUUGCCGCCGCCUCUCGCCUCGAAGGCGGCCACCGCCUCCUCGACCUCCUGCUCCCCUUCCAAAGGCCCCUCCCUCUCCUCCUCCUCCUCCUCCUCCUCCUCCAAGCCCUUCCUGAGCCUGGUGCGCUCCCUGUCCGGCGACGUGGAGCCGCGGGACGCCGCCGCCGCACUGCCGGCCUCCGCCACGCCCGCCCACCAUGCCCGCCACAGACACCUGAUGAAGUCCUUCGUCAAGUCCCUGUCCACCGACGCCCCCAAGCCCGAGGGUCCGGAGGGGCCCCUCCACGCGCACCCCCCCCCGCCGCAGACCUCCCAGUCGCGCCGCAACAUGCAGCUCUUCAAGCAGUUCUCCCAGCCGCGGCUGUACACCGGCACGGCCGCCGCGACCCAGGCCGUCGCCGACUCCUCCAAGACGGCGCCCUCCUCGCCGCUCACGCCCACCGAGGGGCGGGGCUCCUUCUUCAAGGUGCAGGAGGUGGAGGCCCGGAUCGAGGACACCAAGCGCCGGCUGUCGGAGGUGAUGUCGGACCCCCUGCACCUCUUCAGCAAGAUCAUGGGCGACGAGUCGGCGGCGUACGGGGGCCUGGCCGGCGGCGGCGCCGGCGCCCAUCGCUCCAGGUCCCUGUCGUCGAGCGCGUCGGAGCUCAGCGGUGCGGGGGCGGCGGCGCUGAACGGACUCGGCGAGAGCAACAACAACAACUACAGCAUCAAGGAGGAGGACUGUCCGGAGGGCGAGGAGGACGAGACCCCCACCGGGGAGGGCCCCCACUCUGUCUUCUUCUCCUUCCCCUCGCUGUCCUCGGCCCUGGCGCCGGCGUCCCAGGGCGCCGCGCUGGCCCUGCUGCCGCUGCCCCGGUCGCCCUCCCUGACGCUGGGCCGCUGCUCCAUGUCGGCCCUGGUGGCCCGGCAGGAGGACGAGGACUUCUGCAUCCUGGGGGAGGGCGGGGACUUUGAGGCGUGCACCGACACGGACUCGCCGGACGGGGAGCGGCCGGGGUCCCGGCAGCUGCGCACCACCAGCACGGGGCUGUGCAGCGAGCCCGACACGGAGGAGGAGGAGGAGGAGGGGGAGGAGGAAGAGGAGGAGGAGGAGGAGGAAGAGGCGGAGGUCGAGGCUGUGCCUUUCACUGCCCUGGUCUUCCUGGCGCAGGUGGUGUACUGCUACCUGGUGUGUCCCGUGCCGCAGUACGCGUGCGCCGUAGUGCACGGGGCGGUCGCCGGGGUGAUGCUGGCCGGACUGCUGCUGUGGCUGUCCUCGUCCAGCAGGAAGUCUUCUGGAAUGAGGCGACGCAGGAAGAGGAUGGAUCACUGGAAUGCGGCCCAGCUCGACAUCCAGGAACCGGGUAUAUUCAAGGGUUGGAUGAACGAGAUCAGCAGCUACGACCCGGAGACGUACCACGCCACCUACACCCACUCAGUCUACGUCCGUCUGGAGGGCUCCGUCCUGCGUCUGUCCAAGCCCAACCACAACAUCGCCCGGCGGGCCACGCACAACGAGCCCAAGCCGGACGUCAGCUACAUCAGCCAGAAGAUCUACGACCUGGCUCACAGCAAGAUCCACCUGGUUCCCCAGAGCCUGGCCAGGAAGCGGGUGUGGAACAAAAAGUACCCCGUCUGCAUUGAGCUGGCCAAGCAGGAAGACUUCAUGUCCAAGGCCCAGGGAGAGCGGCCCGAGGCUGGGGACGAGAGGCCCGAGGUCGGGGAGGACAGAGUGGACAAUGGGGAGGCAGAGGAGCCUAGGAGACCCCCUUCUGUGGUUCCGAGUGGGGGUGCAGCUGGGGGUGCGGGUACUGGCGGCGGAGGACUCACCCUCUUCCUGUUUGGAAGAACGGGCCGGGACAAGGAGGAGUGGUUCAGGAGGUUCCUGCUGGCGUCCGGCUUGCGGUGGGAGGGGAGAGGCGGUGGGUCGGGGUCUGGUGCCUGUAAAGGGGGUGAGUCCUGACAUCAUGCUAGAGGAGGAGGAGGAGGAGGAGGAGGCCCGGGGGAGGCGGAUAGCAGGAGCAGCAGCGCCCGCAGCAGCAUGGACGAGGUGCCCCAGGCUCUGCCCCGCAACAGAGAGCCCUCCUGGGGGUCCGGCCUGGCGGCGGGGGGGGCCAGGCCAAGGUCCCUGCUGGAUUACAACGUUUACAUGGCCAAGUACAUCAACCCCCAGGACGAGACGGAGAGCUCGGCAGCCGCAGCGGGACACAGUCCCGAGAGCAGCCCCCUGGCCGCCAAGAGGUUUCCACGGGGUCAAGGGGAGCGCAUGGAGCCUGAGGCGUGGGUGAACGCUCUGCUGGGGAGAGUGUUCUGGGACUUCCUGGGAGAGAAGUACUGGGCCAACAUGGUCUCGAAGAAGAUCCAGAUGAAGCUCAGCAAGAUCCGGUUACCGUACUUCAUGAACGAGCUGACCCUGAAAGAACUGGACAUGGGCUUCGCUAUUCCAAAGAUCCUGCAGGCCUCCAGGCCUUCUGUGGACCACCAAGGCCUGUGGUUUGACUUGGAGAUAUCCUACUCCGGCUCCUUCCUCAUGACUCUGGAGACCAAGAUGAACCUGGCCCGGCUAGGGAAGGAGAGUGAGGGUCUGGGGGAGCCGGGGAAAGAUGGGUGAGCCCUUGCUCUUCUGGCCAGACCUCGGACGUACUGUUUGGCGGACAGCGACGAGGAGUCCUCCAGCGCCGGCUCCUCUGACGAGGAGGACACCGCCGAACUCCUGGCUGAUAAGGCCGCCAUUUUGCCGGGAGGCGAGGGGUACAUGGGAGGCCACCGGCCCAGCAAGAUCAUGCGCUUCGUGGACAAGAUCGCCAAGUCCAAGUACUUCCAGAAGGCCACGGAGACGGAGUUCAUCAAGAAGAAGAUCGAGGAGAUGUCAAACACGCCCCUGCUGCUCACUGUGGAGGUGCAGGAGUGUCGCGGGACGCUGUCCGUCAACAUCCCCCCGCCCCCCACGGACAGGAUUUGGUAUGGCUUUCGAAAUCCCCCACACCUGGAGCUGAAAGCGCGGCCGAAACUGGGCGAGAGGGAGGUCACGUUUGCCAAUGUGACGGACUGGAUUGAGAAAAAACUGGACCAGGAGUUCCAGAAAAUAUUUGUGAUGCCAAACAUGGAUGACAUCUGGCUUCCCAUAAUGCACUCUGCCAUGGACCCACGCUCCAACGCCAACUCGGUUACAGAGACAAACGAUGCCUUGACUGACCCCGAGCCCACAGAGUCCGAAGUCUCAGAGUGAAGACUUAUAUUUUUUAAACGCAUUCGUCAAUGGAUAUUUAUUGAACAAGUGACAUGGACACGCAUCCUCACCACCACGACCUUCAGGUGGACCAAACGUCCAUGUUUUAUGACUUUGUUCCACUUCCUCAGCGCAAUGACUUGUCUAGUUACCAUGACUAUGAGUUGGCAAGCUCAUUGUUAACCCCCCCCCCCCCCGGUAAUUUAAUUGCAUCAAUAUUUGUCAGUUGGAAUGAUACAAUUUAGAUUUGGCUCGUUAGAAUACAUUGAGUUGGGAGUGGGGAAGUUGAACGUUGAAUCUACCCAAAUGAGAACCAUGAUACCUGUGAUGUACAGUUGAAACCAAACAGCCAGAGUCGUGGCGUGAUUAUGGCCUAUUUACCGAUCAAAUCCAGUUUGAUUUCAGUUCUUCGAAACAAACCCAAAAUCUUUACUCUUGUUUUUUUUUGAUAGGCCUGUCUUUCAAUACUGCUCCUACCAUAUUGAUGCAAGGGGGUCCCUAAUGUAGGCUAUGUGAAAAUGUCAUGAAUCUCAUCUGGAAAACGGAAGUUAUACAAAUCUCAGCAGGUACUUUUUGGUCGAUAUACAUUGUUUUAGUGAGUUCUCAAACCAACUAGUCUGUAUGUACAAAUGAAUCUAUAGCUAUUAAGAUACAUCUAUUCCAGUCAAACGAUGAAUGUAUAAUGCACUGUAGCCUGAUGUCGUGAUGUAUGGCAUAGGAAAAAAAAAAUACAUUAUGACCAUUCCAUGCAAGAGCAAUCUGACGUGAUAGGUAAGUUAAGGGACCAAGAGACAAGAACAUCAUGGUUGACAUUUAUAAAAAAAUAUGUAACAUCAAUGGAUUCAGCCAUAUUGUCCAAUAUCCCCAGUAGACUGCCUGUCCAAUGCUGUUGCUCCCUUUGUUUGAACAAAUAGUCAUGAGCUUCAGAUUUAUUUUGCCAAGACAUGUUGCAUUUUAGUAUACUUCCAAUACAUUUGUCUGGAUGUAAGGUUACAGUAAUAGGCAGAAGUGCCUUUAUAAAUGACCAAACAUUCCAUCCAACGAAGACAUUGGUUGCAUCCUGUUGAAAUUGAGGCUCAUUGUGCCAGUCUGUUUCGAAUGUGCCGUGUUCAGUCUGUCAUGUGGUUUAUUGGCCCAGUGGUGAAAUUAUCACAUUGUGCCGUGUUCUACAGAAUGUUUGGAUUGGAUCUUGAUUAAAGAACGUUUUUGCUUGAAAGUCUAUAACUUACUUUAGAGCAUAUUUUCCUUAAUAUGCAUUGGUAAACAUCUACAAGUAUAGCCUGAUUGGACCAAAUGCAUUGUUUAACUCAAAAUGUGGUACAAUUUGGUAUUUGAUAAUGUAACUUGCAUUUAAAAGAGAAGCUUGGGGAAGAGCCAAGGGACCCCAGUUAUAACAAGUCAUUGUAUACUUUUGCACUAUAGCUUGGCCUGUAAGUCCAUGAGAAUGGUCAUGCAGGUUCAAAGAUAGUGCUUGAAUCUCACAGGUAUAAAAUGUAUAGCCAAAUAAACCAGACGAAAUUCUAUUGAUACUUUUAUUCAGGUUUAUCUCAAUUGAGGUUUUGUACAGUCAAGUCAACCACGUGCAUUGUGACAAUGGUCUGCUUCGUCUUGUCAGGUUAUAGACGGCCACAAUGAAAUAUAUUCUUCUCGCUUGCUAGGGCGCUACUUCAUUUCAGAGCCGCCUUCCACAGCGAUCUUUCCUGUUUGGAGAAAA